CUUUUUUUCCUCUUUUCUGCGCAGCCUUACAGGCUAUACCUGGUAGAUUAGGUACAAUACUACGUCGUACUAGUAGUUAGUAGGUACCUAGUAACUAUUAACAAUAACUAUGGGUUGCGUUUAGUUGCGUUACGAUCGAAAUUUAAUUAUGGAUUUUCUUUUUUUUUCCUCAUUUUUUCUUUUCAUUACAUACAAUAGUACAGCCUUGUCCAAGCGCACCAGAUUUUGCGAUCUUGACCCUACCAACAGCAUUAGACCAGUAUGCCCGAGUACUGCAUUAAAGAAUCUACCGCGACCUGGAUUCGGCAUACGAUAGACUUGUAAAUAACCUCUACCAGACAGCAUUCCAACUUCUAUGCUAUCCACUAUGACGAGCGCCACCCCACUAUCUGUGAGGGCUCCUGUGAAGACCACCACCACCACCCUCAAACCUAUUCUAAAGCCAUCGUCAUCAAUACUUGGCUCUAGAAGGUCUAGCGAUGACGCCGGUCUGGAUGAAGACGACAUAGACAGCCUACAGAAUCCCCGGAAGCGCCAGAAGGUUGAGUUUGACCUGAAUAACAUUGAGAUUCACGAGAUCGGAGCACGGUCGGUUGAGGUGAUCAAGCAAGAGAUUAGAAAAGCCUUGGAUUCCCAUGACCAAGGAGACGAUGAAGACUACGACAUGUUAAAAGAGACCCUUUCUGGGAAGCAAAUAGCGUCAUACGACGAGGACGACGAGGACGAGGUGGAUCCAGCCCUGCCAGCUAAGCGACGCCAGGAACUCAAGAUCUAUCUAGUCUCUCUCGCUAGCUUUUCGCCUCGGAUGGGAAGGUCAUGCGAUGGGCUUGUGAAGAGCGUCCUGCAGUGCCAAUGGCUUGGCCGCGAUGAACAGUUUGCCAAGAUUUACGUCCAGUUUCUUGCGGCCCUCGUGAGCGCCCAAGGCACGCGUCUGACACAGGUCCUCUCAUCCAUAAUAGAAAGAUUUACCGACUCGAGGCCUUCCGACUGGGCUGUACCGAAUUACCCCACCGUUGAUCGAGAAGCUGCACAAGAGAGACUUCAUGUGGGAGUGCGAUAUCUGUUACAACUCUUCCCUUCUGCCAAAGCCGCUUUAGAGCAUGUUCUUAGCACCAAAUAUCCAUUUCAUGACGAACCCAAGCGCAUGCACCUAGCCUAUGUCGACAACCUUCUUAAACUGCGACGGUAUUGUCCCGAGCUCGGUAUGGAUAUCAUGGACCUCAUUAUCAGCCGACUGGUUACGAUCGACGUGGAAAUGCAAAUGGACCUCGAUGAUAUGGAUGAUAGGCUUGCCGCCAUGGUAGCUAUGGCUCUCAAGUCUUCUCGCGACAACGGCAACCAGGAUGGCGAGGAUGAGGACGAGAGCGAUGCGGAGUCGGUAGCCAGCGAUGAAUCAGAAGAUGACGAGUACACACGUGUGAAAAAGGCCAAGGAAAACAUUGAGAAGAUGGAUACGGUUCUAGAUACACUAUUUGAGAUAUACACGCCAAGCUUCGCCAACCCGCAGUCUGACGAGGCUCUGGAGGUAUUCGAGGACUUACUAUCCGAAUUCUCGAACACGAUCUUGCCUACGAUCAAGUCACGACACACUCAGUUCCUGAUUUUCCAUUUUGGACAGAAGUCGGAAAGACUGAUGGAUGCGUUCUGCGGUACCUGCAUCAACAUCGCCUUUGAGUCACAGCGUCCACUCAUCCUCCAGCAAGCAGCGUCUGCGUAUCUGGCCAGCUUUGUCGCGCGUGGAGCGCACGUGCCAGGUCACAUCGUGGUCAAUGUGUUCGAAGUGCUCGGGUCCCACUUGGAUCAGAUGCGUACCCUCUACGAAACCUCAUGCCGUGGACCUGACGUCCGUCGAUAUGCACCGUUUUACUCACUCAUGCAAGCGUUAAUAUAUAUAUUCUGUUUCCGAUGGAAGGACUUGAUUCGGUCAGUACCUGACGAGGUUGACCCAGACGACCUAUCGUCGUACCUGGAUCAAGAAAUUGAAUGGGAGGUGGAGAUUAAGGACAUUAUGAGGCGCAACAUAUAUUCGAAGCUCAACCCGUUGAAGAUAUGCGCGCCGGAGAUUGUGGAAGAGUUUGCCAUGCUAGCCCACCGAUUUCGCUUCAUGUAUGUCUACCCGCUCCUCGAGUCAAAUAAACGACUUCGUCUAUCCCAAUUCUCGGCUGGAGCAUACUCUACCGGAGGGGCGCUACGGGACUUAUCAUUCGACAUGAACGACGAGAGUUGGCAACAAUUGGGGUCGUUCUUCCCAUUCGACCCAUACCAGCUCCCGGUGAGUAAACGAUGGGUGGAGCAGGACUACAUACACUGGCAACACAUCCCGGGUCUCAAGCCGGACGAGGGAGAGGAUGAGAGUGAGGACGAAAGGCCGGGUGAGGAAGAAGAGGAAGAAGAAGGAGUGGAGGAGGAUACGGCGACGGAUGAUGAGGCUGAGGAGGUGAAGUAAAUAAGUAAUUAAUGGACUGAUGAAUGGGUAUCAGCCUACGGCUGCAUUGGAUCGGCGUUGGUAUGGGACGAGGGCUGGACAAUUAAAAAGAAACAGGCAGAUACCUGUUCAUGUGUAUUUACGGACGGCGUCUUUGACGAAAAGCAACAAGCUAGGCACCUACCUACCUAUAAUAGGUAUAUGGUACUAGUUAGGUAUAUUGAUUUAAUGAAUUUCUUGUCGAUCUUCUUGAUUCCACAUACUAUGUAGAGCUGACCUCAUAUGCCCCUAAACAUCAUCUCCGCACCUACACAGGCCUACUAUGCAGC